GCUCAGCAUAAACUGUUCUUCCUAUUCGUCUUUGUUGUUCACUGUUAUUCAUUUAUAUCCUUCCUCUCUUUGACCAACCCUUUUCCCUUCCACAUAAUGCCAGUCUCCCACAUCGGUCUCACUGUUUCGCACCUACCAACUUCUUGUUCAUUCUUUCUAGCCGCACUCCAGCCCCUUGGAUAUCGCUACAUCGGACAGCAAGGCAGCCAGAUUGGCUUGGGUAUUCACGAUGCCGACUUCUUCCUAUGCCAAGAAACGCCCGGCGUAAAAGCUGGCGCGGCGCACAUAGCUUUCACCGCCCCUAGUCGGACGGCUGUUCGAGACUUUUACACGGCUGCUUUGACUGCCGGGGGUCGUCCCAACGGAGCACCUUCCUGUCGUGGAGAUGGGGAGGGCCAAUUCAAUGCUGCGAUUCUAGACCUGGACGGCAACAGCAUCGAAGUCGUCUUUAGAGAUGGUCCAGAUGUCAGAGAUGAUGGGUCCGUCGUUCACCAUAGCAGGGUGAUUACAUGGCAGAGAACCGUUUCGGAGACCUUUCACGACGACAGAAGUGUUGUCAGUGCUCGUUCGACUCAGUCGGCCUCAAAGCAGGCGGACGCUCCUCCUGCCAGCAAAGCGCCAUCAGUUGUCUCAACGGCUUCAAAAGCUCCAAGUAUCACGAGGAGUGUAUCUGAGCCAGUCACCUCAACCCAGCCUCCUGCCACCACGGAGCCUACCGGCGAUGGUGCCGCAAAAACCAUUAUUGGAACUCUUAUUGGUGCCGCAGCUGGCGCCGCCGUGGCUUAUGCUAUGGUUAGCAGCGAGCGCGACAGCGCAAAGAAAGAGGCAGACUUCAAUGUGUUGAAGCAGGCGAAGAACAUGGUAUCCCAGCUCACUCAGACCAAAGAUCAAUCCCAGCCACCCAUGACGGACCCACAGCCGAUCCAUCAACCACAACUAAAGGCACUACCAGCACCUCACCGCAACAUUAGCGAUACCGAAUCGCAUUACUCAACAUCUCAACGCAGUGUCCGCGGACAGCGUGCUAUUGAAGCUGCGCCUUCGGAUUAUCAUGCUGCCCCAUACAGUCUUGCUCCGCCGCGAAGCGAAGCUCCCCGGGUGGCCGAUUAUGCUCAACCAACAUAUUCAAUAGCACCAUCUCGAACCCAAUCGACAGCUCACCGCUCAAGAGCCCCAUCAGAGUAUGAAAGAACCAAGGCAAUCGAAUAUGUGCCAGCACAGUCCAUCGCCCCCACCCGUAUUUCAUCAGCAUCGUCAUCAUCACACCGCUCCAGUUCAGAGUACGAGAGGCCCAAAGCCAUCGAAUACAUCCCCGCCGCCUCUAUUGCGCCUUCCCGGAGCAACUUCUCCACUCAUCGCUCGAAGACCAGUCCAGAGCUUUUGACCAUAGAGAAAGCCAGGAGCACGGCCUCAAGAGCGCACAGCACAGCACCCAGCUCUCUUAUUUCGUCCUUUGUACCCGAGCAUAUCGAUCGAAGAUCCAGCGAGGGAAGCGUCGCAUCCAAAGCUCGAUCUUCCCACAGCCACGCAUCCAAGCACAGCUCGCACUCGAAAGCAAGAAGCAGCAGCAAAAGCCGUGCACCAUCACCACCUCCCCCGUCCUCAAAGGUAGCAUCCAAAGCUGCCUCCUUGGUCGGCAGCAUCUUAGGCCGCGACACCAAAUCGCAAGCCAGCAAACAUGACGCAGCCUCCGACUCGGAAGACUCGGACGACUUCAUCGACGACCUGAUCGUAGACGACUUCAACGACACAGAUACCGUCGCGCCAUCCGACAGCAUCUCCAACGCCGGGUCCCGCCGCAGCCACCGCAGCCACAGAAGCAGCCACUCCCAUCACCACCGCAGCAGCAAGAAAGACCGCGACCACGGCUCCAGCGCAGACUCGUCCAUCAGCAAACACAGCUCCUCCUCCUCCCGUCACAGCCGCUCUUCAAAAUCUAACCACUCGUCUUCUUCUUCCUCCCGCCACCGCCACCGCUCCCCUACUUCUUCUGUCGACGGCAGUUCAACCAGCAAAUCAACACACUCCAAGCACCGCCUGCCCUCCGUCAUCUCCGAGCCCUCCGACACCUCGACGGUCAAACCGCUCCGCAAAUCCUCCGCCUCCUCCACCACCACCGCCAUCCGCACCCCUUCGCGUCGCAAAGACAGCGUGGUGCAGCAGAGCAGCAGCAGCAGCGGCGACGACGCAGCGUCCUUGACUUCCUCUUCCUUCAAGGAUAAAGUCGUGUAUGGCGAUGGGGAUAUCCCCGUUAGAGGCGUCACGCAGAGCAUGGUCGAUGGGCUCGAGAUGGAACAUAAGGGGAAAGGGAAUAGUAGGAGCAUGAUGAGUUUUGCGCUUGGCCAGAAGUUGAGGGCUUUUGAGGGGGCUUGA